GUUCACAUUUACUGCUGCGUAAAUUACGGCUUUUACAACAGGCCAAUCAAAUUUAGAGCUGCAGAAUCGACGUCACCAGCGGUCCAAUAUGGCUCCUGUCAACAUGCGAGCGCUGGCCGAGCUCGAAGAAAUUCACGCUCAAAACAAACUUGUAGUCAUGUAUUCAAUCGCCCGAAGACGACGAAGGCGACGCAGAAGGGUUUGGGUGCGGCAAGUAUUUAUCGACAGAGCAGUGGACGGCGAUUUUCACAACCUUUUCGCCAAGCUCCGAGUUGGUGACGCUGCGAUGUUUCACAACUUCAUGCGCAUGUCGCCCCAGCAGUUCCGCUUCCUUGAAAACCUAGUGAGACCACUCAUCGAGGUUCGGAGCACGCAUCUGCGGCCAUCGAUUUCCUCGGCGGAGCGUCUUGCAAUAACUACAAGGUUCCUAGCCACUGGAAACAGCUACCAGUCUCUGUCUUACAGCUUCAGGGUCGGAAAAUCGACAGUUUCGACACUUGUUCCGAAGGUGUGCCAGGCGGAGGGAAGACAGGCUGGUGGCUACUGUCCUCCGCAGUUCGCAGACACCAACGGAAGCUCAGGAGAGCUUAUUUCAGGUGACUGGAGGAAUUCCACCCCACCACUCCCCCAGGCGUGCCGGCAAGGUUCUAAUACCUACUCGAGGAAUGCAGCAGACGUGCGCGACAGCUUUGCCAGCUACUUCCAUGGACGUGGCGCCGUGCCAUGGCAGUUUACUUGAAGGAAUGAGUGUUCUCUACGUUCACCGUGAACGCAUGAUAAUUUAUUUUGAUUUGUUCGAGAAACAACUAUUUAUUUUGCUCACAACCAAAGAACAACAGAAGAUAGAAGCAGUGUGUAUUUUGUGGAAGAAUACAGCUGAGCUCCAGCAUAAAAAAAUAAAUAUCACAAAUUCUAUGCAAUAUGCCCUGGCAAUAAAAUACUUUGUUUAGAGCA